CCCUGGAGACCAGUUCUUGGAGUCAGCAGGCUGCAGAGGAGGGGAAAUCAUGUUUUUCCUAGCAAGCUCCAUGUGGGACCCUUUACAGGCUAUCCUCACCUGUCCCCAGAGCCUCUUGAGCAGGAGAUGGCCACCUGCCAGCUCCUCACAUCCUGACCCACUUUUCCUGAGAACUCCGCAAGGCAGACUUUCACAGACAAGAGGAAAUCCCUAAACAGCAUGCAGCCCAGAGAGUGGAAAAGUUUUUUUGAGGGGGUUGGGUUUUUUCUGUGGUUUGGGUUUAGUUUUGUUUUUUGUUUGUUUUUUUUUUCUCAACUUCCCCAUGAAUGUGUUUGACAGCUCACUGUCCCUGUCAGCGCAGAAUCCCAGUGGAAGCCGGAGCUGGGAGGGCUCUUCCUGCCUGGGGGAGGUUUCUCAGGAGUGCAAGGCAUUUACUGAUCACCAUCUUUCACUCUCUGUCCCUUGCUGUGUCUCACCGAAGGCCAUGUGCAGUGGCAAGCUGCAGACAGGUUUGUUGGUGGCUGGCUACUUUAUCUAUCUGCUUGUGGGUGCUGCUGUGUUCCAGGCACUGGAGAGAACUGCUGAGAAGCAGGAGAAAAUGGCAGCUGCCCAGAUGAAGGAGGCUUUUCUGCAGAACUUCACUCACCUCACAGUGGCGGAGAUGGAACAGUUUAUGAAGAACCUGACUGAAGCCAUUCAGAAUGGAGUAUACCCUGUUGGAAAUGAAUCACAGAUUGAAGAGAGCAACUGGGAUUUCAGUAACUCCUUCUUCUUUGCAGGCACAGUUGUCUCCACAAUAGGCUAUGGCACACUACGUCCUAAAACUGCUGGGGGACAGAUCUUCUGUGUCUUUUUUGCUCUGUUUGGAAUCCCUCUGAAUAUUGUUUUUCUACACCGUGUUGGUAAGAUGCUGUCACUGCUGUGUAAAAAGCUGGGGAAAUUCCUGUACGAGAAAGGAAUGAGAAAGAAGAAGAUAAAAUUUCUGACCCUUCUGUUCUUCCUGGCAACGGGGAUCCUAGUUUUUCUGUGCUUGCCAUCACUCUUCUUCCAGAAAACAGAGGGCUGGUCCUACAGCGAAGGAAUUUACUUUGCAUUUAUCACCCUCAGCACCAUUGGCUUUGGAGAUUAUGUAGUAGGUAAACAGCCUGACAGGAAUUACUUUUCCUACUAUCGAACACUGGUGGCCAUUUGGAUCCUUUUUGGUCUUGCCUGGAUUGCUCUCCUAUUUAAUUUACUGACAACGGUACUAGAAGAUACUGAAAAAAUAAUUGUCAAGGAUAUCCAUCAAAUUGGAAAGGUGAGUAAGGACAAUGUAGCAAGCCAACAAAGAAGAUGCUGGCCUGCUGAAUUUAUUCCAGAAGAAGAACUACUACCACCACAUGCUGGAGGGGAUGCACAGAAAAUGGAGUCAUUAGCACCAGAUUCUGAGCACCCAAAAACUGAAAAAAAUGCUUUUUCUUAGAGCAAAACUAUUGCCGUAACAUGUGAGAAUUGAAUUCUUCAGUGGAGAGUUAGUAGUUAAUUAUUCUAAAGAAAUUCCCAUGGAAAUAAAAUUUCUCCUACCUUUUGCUGAGA